GCUAGUAAGUUGGUAACUUGAAUACUGAGUGUCUUGAAGAGUACCAUAAGACUAAUCAGGUUUAAGACAAAAUCAGUUGUUUGUACACUUUGCACUGUCACAUCUGAGGUAAUAAAGAACUCAAGGAAGAAGCAAGGAAUCACCUUGGCAGGAUGCCAAUGUCUGCAGCAGAAGUCAAAAGCUACUGUGACUGGAUGUCGCAACUACCAGCUGAUCGUCACAGCGUUCCUCUUUCUGAUCUAGCCAUACCAGGUAGCCACGACUCAAUGAGUUAUGACUUGGACAUCAACUCCUCUAUAAUAGAGCCUGAUAGACUUAAAAAAUUCAGCAAGAUUUGUUGUGCACGUAAAAUAGUGCGCAAAUGGGCAAUGACUCAGGAGGAGACCAUUACAAAGCAACUGAAUGCAGGAGUUCGCUACUUUGACCUGAGGAUUGCUCGCAAGCCAAAUGACCCCAACCCCACAAGGCUUUACUUUUACCAUGGGCUGUGCACACGCACUGAUGUGGAGACUGUUCUCAAGGACAUAAAUGACUGGGCAGAGAGGCACCCCAAAGAGAUCCUCAUCCUCGCUUUAUCCCACUUCAAAGGGUUCGACAAAAGCACUGAGAAGCAGCUCCACCCCCAUCUUAUCAAAUUCAUCAAGACCUUGUUCGGAGCCAAACUCAUCCCUAAAGAGCAGCCCAUCCCUACCCUGAAGAGCUGCUGGGACAAAGGCAGAAAUGUCAUAGUUUCGUAUGAUUAUGCAGCAAUUCAGGAUCCUGAGCUCUGGCGUAAAAUAUUGUAUUACUAUGGCAAUAAUAUGAACCCCACAGAAGUUGAAUCAAAACUUCAAGAGGAUUUGAAAAAUGGAAAACCUUAUGGUUUCUUUGUGUGUGGCUUGAACCUGACACUGCCAGAAGAUGCCAGGAUACUCAAGUACGUCCUUCGCCUUUGUGACAACUUUCUCAACGUCGUACGGAGGAGCCUGCCGAGACUGCUGCAGUGGGUCACAGUGCAAGCUGGCAAAAUACCCAUGAACAUUGUCGCCUCAGACCUGGCGACUCAUGGCGACUUUGUCCCAACGGUUGUCAAGCUCAACAUUUAGAAACGUGUGUGAAUUAAGCAAAGAGGAAACAGUA